UCUUCAGCAUGAAGCCUUGUGUUGUGCUCGUGUUCGUCCUGUUCUCUCUCGUGUGUCUGAUGAACCAGGCGUCGGACGCGUGUUCAUGCGCGAUGUCUCAUCCACAGGACGCGUACUGCAACUCCGACAUCGUGAUCAGAGCUAAAGUGGUGGGCAAGAAGCUCCUGGAUGACCGUCCGUUCGGGACCCUGCGCUACACCGUCAAACAGAUGAAGAUGUACAAGGGCUUCGACAAGAUCCAGCAUGUGCAGUACAUCUACACACACAACUCCGAUAGCAUGUGCGGAGUCAAGUUUGACAUCAACAAAUACCAGUACCUGAUCACAGGUCGUGUUCACGAUGGGAAGGUUUACACCGGCCUGUGUAACUUCAACGAGCGCUGGGAACGCCUGUCUCUGGCCCAGAAGAAGGGCAUUAACCACCGCUACCAGCUGGGCUGCAACUGCAGGAUUAAGCCGUGCCACUCCCUGCCCUGUUUCGUGACCUCGAAACACGAGUGCCUGUGGACCGACAUGUUGUCCCACUUUGGAUACCCCGGGUAUCAGUCCCGACACUACGCCUGCAUUCAGCAGAAAGAGGGUUAUUGCAGUUGGUACCGAGGGAUGACCACACGCGACAAAGUGACCAUCAACACCACCGACCCCUGAACCCCGACCCCUGACCCCGCCCUGACCCCCGAUGACUAACUGCCCCACAUCGGAUCACGUGUGUGUUCAGCAACGGGUCAUGUCAAUUAGAUGAAACGUGAGGCCUGGAGUGUUACCCAGCUAACUAAAACAUGUUCGAAGAACGUUUCGCUAACGCUAAUGUUCCGUGACGUUCAAGCGUUUAAAAAAAGCGUUAAAAUUGUAUCAUUCUUCACACAUUAUGGAACGCUCCUUUUAAACGUUCUAAAGCAAGUAGAAAAACGUUACAUUUAAAAACAAACAUCAACUGAAACAUUUCAGAUAAAAAACAAAUAGUCAAUAAAUAGAGAAUAUUUUUGCGCUAAAGUUUUGAGAACAUUAUUAAUAAGCAGAUAACGUUUGUUUAUUACUUUUUGCUACCGUUCCCAUUACGUUAUGAGAACGAUAAUGUUCCACCAAUGUCCAGUUUCUUAUUAACGUUAAGGGAACAUUAACAUUGUAUCAUUCUUCAAACAUGAACUUUCUGAAACAAGUUGCAACAUUUAAAAAACGUUAACAAACGUAAAACUGAAAUGUUUAAUU